GACGGAUCCAUCUCUGAAUUCGGCACUUUCGAGGAAUUGGUGGCAAAUAAAGGAGAGUUCGCUGAAUUCGUGGCCGAAUAUAUCGUAAAUCAGACGGACGAAGACAUUCAUGAGGACGAGAUGGAGAUCAUGGAACAGAUCGCUGAGAAAGUAAAGCCAAUUCUGGAGCGACACCUCUCGUACACGGAAUCGUUGACUGUAUCGACGAUUAGCGAUAAGUCGCGGCAAAAGUCUUCAAUAUAUCGGUCGAUAAGUCGUCUGAGUAAUAGAGACCGGAUGUCCGACAGACCCGACACUAUAGCCGAAGAGAAGCAGAAACCAAAACGAAUCGGUAAACUCAUUGAAUCGGAAUCGUCUGAAACGGGAUCCGUUAAGAUGGAUGUCUAUAAGAAAUACAUGCAAACCAUUGGAAUGGUAUUAUGCGGUGGUAUUGUCUUCUCGUUCAUCGCCUCCAACGCGGCUCAAGUGGUGUCCGGUCUUUGGCUGAGCGAGUGGUCAAACGACGCGCUCGACCCGAAGAAGUUGGCCGACACAGGGCUUCGGGACUUACGGCUCGGCGUUUACGGCACGUUCGGUGUGAUCGAAGCCGUCUUCUCGUUGGGCGCCUCCAUUAGCCUAAACCUGGCCUGCAUUCGGGCCGCGAAGGUAUUGCACAACAAUAUGUUGAAGCGUAUAAUCAGAGCGCCCAUGAGUUUCUUCGACACGACACCAAUCGGCCGAAUAUUAAACCGUUUCUCCAAAGACAUCGACACCGCAGACAUGUCUCUGCUGUUUAACCUGCGAAUGAUGAUAAUGCAGUUCUUCAGGACUAUAGUGGCGUUUGCGAUGAUUAGUUUGGAGACACCCAUCAUAUUGGCCGCGAUCUUCCCGCUGUCUCUCAUCUANUUCUCCAAAGACAUCGACACCGCAGACAUGUCUCUGCUGUUUAACCUGCGAAUGAUGAUAAUGCAGUUCUUCAGGACUAUAGUGGCGUUUGCGAUGAUUAGUUUGGAGACACCCAUCAUAUUGGCCGCGAUCUUCCCGCUGUCUCUCAUCUAUUAUUUGAUUCAAAGGGUUUAUAUAUCGGGUUCGCGACAAUUGAAGCGAAUCGACUCAACCACUCGUUCCCCUAUUUAUAACCANAUGAUUAGUUUGGAGACACCCAUCAUAUUGGCCGCGAUCUUCCCGCUGUCUCUCAUCUAUUAUUUGAUUCAAAGGGUUUAUAUAUCGGGUUCGCGACAAUUGAAGCGAAUCGACUCAACCACUCGUUCCCCUAUUUAUAACCAUUUCAGCGAAACAGUGAGCGGUUCGGCCAGUAUUAGGGCGUAUGGCGUGACCGACAUGUUUAUACGGGAGUCCAAUAGACGGGUCGAUGAAAACCAUAUCUGUUAUUAUCCUAGUUUUACGGCCUCCCGAUGGCUGGCCAUUAGACUCGAGUUCUUGGGUUAUAGUAUAGUAUUUUUGGCGGCAAUGUUUGCUGUCUUAGCCCGACAUUCGUUGAGUCCAGGAUUGGCGGGACUGGCCAUCAGUUAUUCGCUGAAUAUAACUGGCAUUUUGGGAAUGUUUGUCCGAUCGGCCACUGAUCUCGAGACUAAUAUAGUUUCAGUUGAGAGGUGUCUGGAAUAUACGGAAACUCCGACAGAAGCCGAGUGGUACGACGAGAUUACUAAGCCAAAGCCUGAUUGGCCCGAAAAAGGAGAAAUAAAGUUCAUUGAAUACAGCACUAGAUAUAGAGAAGGAUUGGAUUUAGUACUCAAAAAGAUUACAUUAGAAGUAAAGCCCAAAGAGAAGGUGGGAAUAGUCGGCAGAACGGGUGCCGGAAAGUCGUCGCUAACUCUGGCGCUGUUCCGACUCAUAGAACCGGUCGACGGAUCCAUAUUUAUAGACUCAGUGGAC